GCGCGCGAACUCUAAGAGCCGGGGUCCCGGCCGGGGUCGGCUCGCGGCUGGUAGCUGUGCAGGUCCGCGGGGGCCGCGACGACGCCGGCGCACCCGGACGCCUCUCUCACCGCGCCAUGGAGACCUCAGCGCAGCAGGAGCAGCAGCAGCCCGCGGCGGCCAAGAUCAGAAACCUGCCCUGGGUUGAAAAAUACCGGCCGCAGACACUGAAUGAUCUGAUUUCUCAUCAGGACAUUUUGAGUACCAUUCAAAAAUUUAUCAGUGAAGACCGUUUGCCCCACCUGCUCCUCUAUGGUCCUCCAGGGACAGGAAAGACUUCCACCAUCCUGGCCUGUGCAAAACAGCUAUACAAAGAUAAGGAAUUUGGCUCCAUGGUCUUGGAGCUGAACGCUUCAGACGACCGAGGAAUAGAUAUUGUUCGGGGACCAAUCCUGAGCUUCGCUAGCACAAGGACAAUAUUUAAGAAAGGCUUCAAACUAGUGAUCCUGGAUGAAGCUGACGCCAUGACUCAAGACGCCCAGAAUGCCUUGAGGAGAGUGAUCGAGAAGUUCACCGAGAACACCCGGUUCUGCCUCAUCUGUAACUACCUGUCGAAGAUCAUCCCGGCCUUGCAGUCCCGGUGUACGAGGUUCCGAUUCGGUCCCCUGACCCCCGAGCUCAUGGUUCCCCGCCUGGAGCACGUCGUAGGAGAGGAGAAAGUGGACCUAAGUGAGGACGGGAUGAAAGCACUUGUGACCCUUUCCAGCGGAGAUAUGCGGAGGGCUCUGAACAUUUUGCAGAGCACCAAUAUGGCCUUCGGGAAGGUGACAGAGGAAACCGUCUACACCUGUACCGGGCACCCCCUCAAGUCAGACAUUGCUAACAUUCUGGACUGGAUGUUGAAUCAAGACUUCACCACAGCCUACAGGAAUAUAAUGGAGUUGAAAACGCUGAAGGGCUUGGCGCUACAUGAUAUCCUGACAGAGAUACACUUGUUUGUGCACAGAGUUGACUUUCCAUCAUCAGUUCGAGUACAUUUACUGACCAAAAUGGCAGACAUAGAAUACAGACUUUCUGUUGGCACCAAUGAGAAGAUUCAGCUGAGCUCUCUCAUUGCCGCUUUCCAGGUCACCAGGGACCUGAUUGUUACAGAGGCCUAGAGGCUGAAGCCUGUUCACUGCGGUUCGCAGGCCCCGCGGUGACUGAAGAACAGGAAACUGAGUCACAGGAUGAUAUGCUGCCCAGGCUGGAGAGUGAAGCCAGUCGCCCCGAAUUGUGGAAACCUCUGUCCCCGACACCGGCGGGCAAAGGUUGAAAAAGUACCGUGUCUGUGGCUAUUUGGAGCAGGUACAAAACCAUUGGAACAGACAGCUGUCUUACUGUGCUGCCUGUUUGUGUUUUUUACAGGGAAAAAGAAAGUGCAAAAAGUUGUGUGUGGGUUUUUGUUGUUGUUGUUAAGCCUUAAGGCUUUUAACCAUUCAGUUGCUUGGAUGGGAGGAAAUUGCCCUCCCUUAUUUUGGUCUAGAACUUAAAAGGCUUCCAAACCCCCCAUGGUGCCAUUGCCUACUAACUCCAGGUAAACAAAGCAUCUCCACAAUUCAGCGUAUAAACCUCAAUCUGCAUAAACCUCAAUCUGCGUCACAGUGUAUCUGUUCUAAAUAGGUAUUAAUAGAUUUUUGGCCUAAACUAUUGUGCUCUUAUAAAUGUGCUCAGUUCUCUUACUUUAAAAACGUCUUUUAAUUUCUCCAGUGCUAGCAGGUUCCUAAUUGUGGUGUGGACAGUGAAGUGUCACUGUAUGGCCGUGGGGGCAAGGCUGUAUAAUACUCCCUUGUUGAUGUAUGGAGGGCUGAUGGGCUCGGGCCAGACUCUAAACCUCCAAGUGCUGAAAGGGUAGGCCCAGUGUCCAGUGUAGCAGUUUAUUUUAUAGCAAACAGACUGCCUUUAUGAUAGUGUUCUUCUCAAUAAAAAUAAAGAAGCUGGCAUGUUG